AUGAAGAUUUACACCAAGACAGGCGACAAAGGAACUUCUAGUCUUUAUAACGGAGAACGUCUGGUUAAAGACGACGAUGUCUUUGAGGCACUUGGAACUUCCGAUGAGCUGAGUUCAAACAUUGGAUUGGCAAUGUCAUACUUGGAAGAUCAAAAGAGUAAAGUUCUAGUGGAGCAGUUGUUACAGAUCCAAUGCUUGUUGCAAGAUAUCGGAUCCAACAUUGCCACCCCUCGCGACAGAUCCAAUGAAAGAAAGCUCCAACGUACUACUUUUGAUGAAGAAGGCGAACAUGUUGCUCAACUCGAAAAAUGGAUCGACGAAAUGGACGCAGAAUUGCCUAGACUGACUAAAUUCAUUCUCCCGUCAGGAGGAAAGGCGAGUGCUAGCUUACAUGUAUCACGCUCGGUCUGUCGUCGUGCAGAGAGAACCGUACAGAUACUCGUGCGUGAUCAGCUGUGUGAUAACAGUGUAGGAAUUUAUCUUAACAGAUUGAGUGAUUAUCUGUUUAAUGCUGCCAGAACGGCUGCUUAUCAGAUUGGAGAACCAGAGAGAAUUUACACCAAGCCAGUCUGA